AUGAUGUCCGCUGGUUUCAGCUAUUUUGACAGAAACGUACCAUCGGUGGCUAUUCACAGUCUCUUCGACAAGUACGACACCAAACGAGAUGGGAAACUCGACGAGAAAGAAAUGAAAUUUUUCCUUGAGGAAAUAAUGGGAAUGGACCUACAUCAGUCGGAAAUAUACUUUUUCCUCCUAGACAAAGAUGGAGAUCUGGAGGUGUCAUAUGGAGAGUUCAAAGACUGGCUACGCAGCGGGGAAAGAUUUCAGCGAUUAGACAAUCACCCUAAGUUUGAACGUGUUUGCAGAGCAUUUCAGUAUUUCAAAUCGUUUGACACGGAUGACAGCGGUACUUUGGACAGGGAGCAGUUUGAAGCCAUGAUGAAAUAUCUCGGUUAUCACAACCAAGACAUGGACAAGGCUUUUGCCAAAAUGGACAUACAUAACAAUGGAAAAAUCUCCUUUUGGGAAUUCAUGAUUUGGUUGAACUGGGCACCAAUUGAGUAGUUCACGGUUGACCCGUUUACAAGCGAGUGACCCACCGAACCUCGCGUCUUACAACGAACUCGCGUAUAUCGCGCGCGACGACUUCGAACAAUUUUGACUUCCGUAUAGACAAGGAAAAUCAUUGCAGAAAAACGAUGAUCUUAAUUUACUACAUAGCAUGCUGAUGUUAUCAGGGGAAAAAGCUUUAUACUUGUACAAGGUGUAGGUCAAGUUUGUCGCCAGACAAUUUGGUUUUUUACUACUUAGACAAUCAGUAUGAAUUUGUAGGCGUAAACGAAAUAAAAAGUUGAUUAUUGCCAAAAAUUGGGGAACAGCGUGGAGAGAUUUCAUUGUUUGAAGAAAACCUGGGUAAGUCGGGGGGAAAGGAAUUACCUUGGACAAGGGAUAGCUAUGGCCCUCUUCACCUCGAGGGACUUUUUCCGGAAUCCUCCUUCGAGAAGUGGGAGGUUGUAAACGGGAAACACCGUCUUGAUGUUUGUUUUGUCUUGUGUUAUUUUUUCAAAUUAAUCCGAAAAUAACGCGAUUUGCACAGAAGAAAGCACACCUUCGAUUUUAGCGACGUUUCCAAAACUGCCCUGGGGCAAUAAUUAAAAAGUUUAGCUCUACAAACAAUUACCUCUUUAAAGUGAAUCAUCAUUAAGUCAAAGUCCAAAAAUAAUGACAUCACGCUGGAUCACGUAUUCCCAUUAGUUUUUCGGCAAAAAACGACUACAAUCCUUAUUUAUUUGUAUAAAAUAUGUUUCAAGGAAAAAUUCUUGAUUCUAAGCUUUUGAGUCACACAUUCACAACGCGUCUAUGGCAAUGAAAAUGCCGUGUCAUGCGGAAAGCGCGACGUGACGUCACGUAGUUUAUUUUUAAAAUUAGAGAAUUACAAAUCAGCAUAAAAACCACCUGCAUUCGACUUCAAGGUCUCGAUUCAAGAGAACAGUCUUCCCUCCCCAUAUAACGAACGACCAAGGCACCUUUCACUCACAGACUGCUCAUCGAUUUGCAAUGCAAGCGGGAAACAGUUAUUUCAAUGACAACACUCCAUCAAUCGUCAUUCGAAGCCUCUUCGACAAGUACGACAAAGACGGAACCGGACGACUGAACUGCAGCGAGUUAGACGAUCUUUUACAGAAGGAUUUGGGAUUUGCAAAAGAGGAAGCAAAGGCUUACUCCAUGCUGCUGGACAAAGAUGGAGAUCAAAGCAUUUCCUUCGAAGAAUUUCUUCAAUGGCUUCGUAGCGGAGAGCGUUUUGAGGCCGUCAACAAUAAAGCCAGGUUCAAGAAUCUCUGUAAAGCUGUGGAAUUGUUUAAAACUUAUGACAAAGACAAUAACAACAACUUGAGCAAAGAUGAGUUCAAAGAGCUGCUCGACUCGCUGGGAUAUAAAGGAGUCGACGUGGAGAGGUUUUUCGAAUACCUUGAUGAACACAAGAAUGGGAAGAUUUCGUUCUGGGAAUUUAUGAAAUGGCUAAACUGGGUCCCCGUAGAAUAA